AAAAGCGAAUUUUCUCAGAGCUACUCUCAGACAAAAGGAUUUCAUUGGACGAUGAUCUGCGCAAUUCAUUUUGCAGUCGGAAUUUCAUCAAGCAAAUGAAAUGGCAAGAGCUUUGCAGCUAAAAAGGACAGAUGUACAACGUGUAAAUAGCACUUGGAGAACAGUAAUGGUAUUAGGUUGCUGGCACAGAAUUGAGCAGUAUGGCAGAAGCAAGCAGUUUUUUUCCUAUUUCAGCUACAUUAUAAACUACAAAGAGAAGCGUUUGACUGAGGGCUCAAAUUGAAUGUGAAACGCCCUGAUGCUUUAUUACUGGAAAUAAUCUCAACUUGCCGAGAGCAGGCACGCCUUCAACUCUCACGUGUGUCAAUUUUUUAAGGCUGUCAUUGUGAGGAGCAACACAGUUUUUUCAUCUUAUUUGAACCAGUUACUUCUACGCGUAUCUGCCCUCAUGCAGGUGCAUUAGGAAUGGCCUUCUCCUGCACGUACUCAGUUGAACGUUAUUUGCAUACGACACCGUUUCGCUCUUGGUUACCAAACAUAGAAACACCUGCUUGGUUACAUUUCCUUCAUGCUAAAUACGCUCUUAAAUUAAACAGUGAUUCAGAGCGUGCGUCAAUUCGAUCUCUCACAACAGAAGGAGUUGCUGACUACUAUAUAUCACUCGCACGUCAUUUUUCAAUUUUAAUUUCACUUUGAGAAGUGUUGGCGUCUCAUAAAAUAUGUUCGCUCAUCGUGUGAAAAAUUCACCGAAAGCUCGAAUGCUUUUGAGCAUUUUCAGCUGCACAAAGUUGACAAUAUCGACUGUUAUCCUGAUCUCGGGCAGUCUUGCUUUGUACUUAGAUCAUUUUCGCCAUAUUUCUCGUCUACAACAGAAACUAGAGACCGAAUACGACUUCAGUCACUACUGGCUGAGCGCUUCGUAUAUUUGUUCGUCCAUCAUGACGCUGUUUGCCGCAUUCGGACAGUAUAGAAGAAGAUUCACAUUCACGACAACAAUAUUCCUUGUGGUAUCAAUGGCUUUGUCGCUGUUUGCAAUGGUUCUCGACGGACCCGAUUGGAUCGAAUGGAAAGAUAUGACGAGAAGGAUGAAUUACUGGGAUAAAAAGGAUGGCUACGUCUGUUCGUCGGCAAAUGACUCGUGCGUUUGUUACGUAAAAGACGGGAUGACAGAUAAAAAGACGAUUUCUUCAGCGGUGGACUGUGGUGAUGUUGCAUAUUUGGCCGCCAUUUUUGGUGUCAUUGUGGGGGGAGCUGUCUUGGGAUUUUGCCUCUGCUUGGCAAGUUUACUGGUUAUGGUCAAUUCGGUUUCUUGGAAAAAUCCUUGGAAGGAAUUUGCUUCGUACACAGCCUCGUACGAGAAUAGUAUUUUCGGCAACUCAUCGCACGAUAUCAUGGAACUGUACCGCGAACAACCCACGAGACGCGCAACUCCUGCUUACAGUGCUGCAUCAACCGUAUCACGACGCGACAAGGAAUACAUACCGUCCUGGUCGCUGUAUAGCUCUACAACCGACAACACGAGUUCUUCACCUUGUCCAAACAAUCCGAGCUAAUCCGAGCUGAUACGAGCUUCAAAAUCAUUUGUACAUAUGGUUGUAAACAGAACAGAAAUCGACAAAAAUCAUCGCAAAAGCCAUUCUUAUGCACUAAAGACCAUUUUGAUUACCUCGACGCUGUUCGUCCUAGUAUUAAUGGACGCUUUACUUCGAGAGGGAGAGAACAUUUCGUUUUUCGAAAUAAAAACAUUUUCGUUAUUAGAAAAUGUGACAAAAAAAUGCAAGUUUUCUAGGUACGAUGAGUCAGUGGCGUGCCCCCAGCUGUUAAUUUUUAGUGGGCGAUGGAAUGAAAAAGGGCCGUCAAAUUUUGAAUUUGUGUUGGAGAUACGCAUUUGCAAUUAUACAGUUAGUGUUACUUAACUCCCCAAAAUCCAGGAAAUAUUUGUACAAUCUUCCAUCACAUUUUGUUUGAACUAAUGCGAGAGGACGAGAGCAUUGCUGCAUCGACGAACAUGAGAAAAUUUGGGCCUCCAUCGGGACAUCAGCAAAUUGUAAUAUUUUAUUUCAGUGCUCUGUAGAGAUUCUACGCUGAUACUUUGACGAUAAAACGUUUAAUUAUAAUGAUAAAAAACUAUCGUGGACCAGUGAAAAGUGUUACGUGCGAUUUCAUUCAUUAAACAUUGCGCUUUCUCUGCUCAGCUGGUUGUAAAAUCCUGUUACUGUAACGAAGUACAGGAAGUGCCGUAGCCAGCUCCAUCUUCGAUGGGGGGAUUAUCGAAGCCAGCUACAGAACUGGGAGUAGCAAUACAUGGAUCAAAAUGUCGUGUUUCUUCACUCGUUUUGAGAAAGGAACAGUUUAUAUUACUGACCUGAGCAAAAUGCUAACUUAGUAUGAUUAUAUUGCAGUGGUGGAAGGGGAGGGUCAACUUCCCCCAGGUGCCGUAACACAGAGGUCACUGUCAGAUAUCCCAAAGCAAAACAUUCAACACACAGUAAAUUGAACUAAAUAUAAAACUGGAAUGCUACCUUUCAGCACACAGUGCGUUGAACUAAAUAUAUAACUGGAACGCUACCUUCAGCUAAACAUGCGCGUACUUGCAUGAAGCCAAACUUUACCUCCGGACACGCGUGUCUUCGGGUCGAAUCCCGCAUAUUAGCCUACGGUCGUAAAUGAACUUUUUUGGGGGCCGAGCGUGGAAAAAUUGGGACUAUUUAAAUUGAUGGUUUCAAAUUUUAGCGGGAGGUGGUACCUUCCAGUUAUAUUCAGUAAGCUAGGGUUGUGCAAAGAGUCUAUUAAUCGCGGGUGAUUGGAUCUGCAGUUUAAUGCACAUGCGCUACUUCUGGCAAUUGUUUUUGUGCGUUCCAAAAUUGCUCUUGCCUCAAGACGGUAAGAACCUCUCGCGCGCCAACACUGUUAUUAUGACUAAAAGUUUCAAACAAACCAAUAUAUUUCAUUUCGUAAGCAAUAAAUAUUAAACCGUCUUUC